GUGGUAUGACGGAGAAGACGAGGAAGAUCUCGCCGGCGAGAAUCGGAAGAACGCGAAGAGGAGCGAGAACGACAAAGAGGACGGGAAGGGGACCUUGCCGGAGUCGUCCUCCUCCUCGUCUCCUCUCUCCCCGGCCGUUCCCCCCCCUCCUGCGUUGUCCUCCUCCUCCCCUUCCUCCCCCUCCUCCGUCUUGGUCCCCUCAGACGAGGUUUCCUCGGGGCUUCCUCCUUACUCCGCGUGUCCUUCCUCGGAAAUGCGCGCUGGUGGAGGAGGAGGAGGCGGGGGGGAAGAGGAGGAGGAGGAGGAGGAGGGGGGGAGCCCGGCGGCGGUGGUGGGGAACGGAGAAGAAAACGAAACCUCGCCGCCCACGGCCGCCCACCGCAAGGAAGAGACCCUCGGCCGACCCUACGAGGAGAUCGAGUUCGAGGAGAGGAAACUCAACGGCUCGGUGGGUCCGCCCAGGGCCAACGGCGGGGACGUCAUCGGCACCAAGAUCCCCACAGCCUCCGGGGAAGGGGAGCCCCCCUCCCCCCCCUCGGAGACCCGACCCGCGCCCCAGUCCGCGGCAGAGACUCACUCGGAACAGAUUUACGACAUCCCCGUCGGUCUGAUCACAAGCAGUCUGUUCAAAAAUGGAGCCAGCACGGACAACCUCCCCCCGGGCGUGCUGUACCGCGUGAGGGCCACGUACAAGUACACCCGCGAGGACGUGGAUGAGAUCGGCUUCGAAGUGGGUGACGUCAUCCAGGUGGUGGAGUACGACGACCCCGAGGAACAGGACGUGGAUGAGAUCGGCUUCGAAGUGGGUGACGUCAUCCAGGUGGUGGAGUACGACGACCCCGAGGAACAGCAUAAAACCUUACACGUUGCCAUGCGUUGGAAAAUUCAAGCCAUGGAGAUGAUCCGCGUCUCCGCCUUGGUCGGUCUCAAACGUCUUAAGAUGAAGAAUAUAAAAUAA